CAUAAGAGUACAAAGUAAACAUUUUUUAAAAUUUUUGACAUAUCAUGCAAUCUAACUGUGCAAGCUUUUUACAUUUAAUGUUUUCAGAUCAUUAGGUAACAAGACUAACAAAAUCUCCACCCAACUGUUCUUACUUAUAAUAUUCAUGACUGGUGAACUGCAAGUUUUAGGGUCAAAAGAUAAUGUGUUAAUCUGGAUUAAUCUAUUUCUAUGUAAUGUCUUUCAUUGUUCUCUGACAAAGUGUAAGAGGCUAACACUUAUUAUUAACAUUUCUUUGAUCUUUUAUAAAAAGGAAAAUGCCUUAUAGUUUACUUGAUUUCCAAGAUUUUCGUGAGUACUUUUCAAUAUUUUUCAUUACAUUGUUUUUUAUCUCUUUUAUGCUGUAAAAGAUUGAUGUUAAAGAAUGUGCAUAUUUAACAAAUGUAUGUGCAAAAAAUACAAAUAAAAAAUUUGUUUUCAUUGUUUGAUAAUGUCAGAACGCAAGGAUAUAUGCUGAGUUAUCAAAAAAUUCAAUACAUGUAUUUUAUUUUCAAAAUGAGAGAGGACACAAACACUGACCUCAUAAAAAACAUGAUUAUUCAGCAGGAAUUGUCAGGCGUAUCAAACUACAAAUAAACAUUAUUAAUAAUGUAUUUCUCUUUUCAGGUUGCUGAUGUCAACAGGAAACUAAACACAAGCUGUAAAAUGCUAACCUAUACAUUAUCUGGAGGGUAAAAUGGCAACAAGUGGAGAUAAAAUUAUUAUUUUGUGAUUUAACCAGUCUGAGCAAGGAUAUAAUUUAUGUGAAAUAUUCAAGAAUGCGCGACAGUGGAGAAACUGUAACUGAGGCUGCAAGAGCCCCUCCUCCUUUUAAAUUAGAAAGGGAGGUUACUCUAAUGCCCAAAGAAUUUAAGGAAAGGCUGUCAGCAAAACAUAAAAGUCGUAAAUCUAGCGCAGCAAGGUCCGAGAAAAAAGGAAACUAUUCCUUUAAACCAACCACAGCAAAGUUCAAAUAUUCAUCAGAAAACUCGUAUAUGUCUAACCACACCAAUGAUUCGGAGUUGAGUCAUAGUACAUAUACUGAAUCUCAUUUUAAUAAAACAGUGAAAAUUCCAACAGAACAUGAUGAUGGUAUGCAAUCUAACAAUGACAAUUUCCUAAAUAACAACAACAACAAUAAAGGGGAAUUAAAAAGUACGUCUAGUCAUAUUGCUCUAACUGGUGAGGUCAAAUUUAUGCUAGAUAAUGCAUAUGCAAACUAUGAAUCAGAGGGUGGCUUCAAUGUUAAAACUCCGCCUACAAAUAUGCAAAUCAAAGAUCUUAUGAUUCCGUUGGAUGAAUGGAACAAUAAAGAAACAAUUCAAGAAAAGAAAUAUACAGUUUUACCGUCCAUUAAGCAUAGGACAUCUAACACAAGUUCUGAGGACACUGAAAGUGCAACUUAUUCACAAAGGAACUCCUCCGGUUUUUCUUUUAACAACCAGUUAGACUUUUUUCGGGACAAAAUAGAGGAGGAUGCUGAUUUCUUUGCAGACUUUCGUGUAAACACAAGUAAAGUAAAAGCAACUCCUCGUCAAGACCCUUUACCACCGAUCAAACAUGGUACAAAGGACAGUAACUCUUCUCAAACUACUUCUCGUAAAAAGUCCAACAGGAAAGAAAAGAACGCACAUAUUUUGUGACUUAUUAACACAUGUACAUAAUAUAUUUUUUGCAAGUUUUGUUAUUAUAAAAAAUACACACACACAAAAUUGUGUUUAUUGUCCAUGUGUUUAGAUUGUUUUGCAAUCUAUGGAAUGGAUACUUGUGAAAAGUGACAGUGUAAAUAAGCAAAAAUGGGCAACAUUUUGAGACAAUAUUUUCAGACGAAUAUAUAACUUUAAGACUGUCAUUUGUAGUGCAGUUUCCAUUUAUCUUUAUGUUGAUAAAUCAAUGAUUAUCACCUUCUAAUUUAUAUGACUGUUCAUUUUAAAAAAUCUGAAUCACAAAAUCGCAAAGUCUGUAUAUAAUCUUAGGCAAAUAAACAAUGUUUCUAUUUUUAGCCAUUUCUAUUUAUAUAGUCACUGGAAACAAUCAUGAUACAAUUUACAAUUCAUUCCAAUAGUCAGCUAUGCUAUGACACUAUUUUGUUAAUAGAAAGAAACCAACAGUAUAAUUACGGGUGUCACGUUUAAAUGGGUACAGUUGUUUUUUAGCCAAAUACCGGUUAGAAAAUUCAACCAGUAACCAAAGUUAGUAUUUGACAAAGGGGCGAAAUUUUUUUAACUGAUUUUUAAUAU